GGACGGUUCCUUCUGGGCGGCAGAGAUGCCCUUUUUCCUGGUCUUGCAAUAGAGAUCUGUAGGAACUGAAGGAAUUGAGAGGGUUAUCUUAUGAUAGGCAAUUGAUGGUUUGGUUCAGUUGAAGUAGCAUGAUGUGAUAAAGUCAUCAUGAUGAAUCAUUUCUAUAGGAACAAUAUUCAAGCCAGGAAGUUGUUCUUGUUCUACUCUUCUAAGGUACUCUUCUGCUCCCAUUCCCACAAGAUGGCUUCAUUGACUGUACACAAUCUUGUUCAAAACCAAAGACAUGUAGAGCAGGCAUGGGAGAGAUUCGAGGAGAAACAAGCAGCGCGCGAGGCAGAGAUUCGACGAUCAGGAAGGAAAGUCACUGUGAUGAGUGACAAAGAGUGGGAUAGAAUCGAAGAAGCAAGGAAAACGCUCGACGGGUAUACCCGGGAAUUCGAGGAAGAAACCUCAUUGCGAGACCAGGAGAUUCAACGUCAGAUCAAGGACUUUUUCUCCACAAAUAAAAAGGCAGAUGCAUGCGACGAAGCCGUUUCCAAGGUGUCUGAGAGCCUGGGCCUGUCCCUGAGGAUGUACCUUCAAGCCAUAUGUGAUCCUCAUUUCUCCCGGAUGGAAAUCAACAAAGCCGGCAAGGCGAUCAGUAACCCGUUCGACCCGGUGUUUAUUCCUGGGUAUAUGACCGAUCCUAACCUGUUAGAUCCCCACACGGUGCUACUUCGAAGCUUCCAAAAUGCAUUUUCGCCAGGCCACGAACAUCUAGGUUUCUGCAAAGGCCGGAAGGCAUUUACUGCUGCCCACGGGAGCAUGGAAAUGUACAGUAAGGCUAAGGAGAGUGAGGACCCAAGCUCUGUUACCGAUACCGAGAAAAGGAAAGCGCCCGAAUUCAUGCUGUCUGUGCUUGACGAAGAAGAGUUUGACACCGAGACCGAGAGGAUGGUAGUCAGGGCAACAUUGGAGAACGAGCAGACCAAAACGGCGUUUCUCACUCUCGUCAAGGGCCUUUGUAUGGCGUGGAGUCCCGUUGUGCUGGCUUUGGGGGGCGCCAUGGCAGAAGCUGCGCCCUUUACAUACGAAGGAGCAGAUGGCCUGCCCCCGGACUACGGACCAGAGGUUGAAAAGGCCCGGAAGGCGCAGGUCGAAGCCAUGGAACUCAUGGAAACCAAGUGAGAUGUAGUUAUCUACUUGUUUACUUGAUGGCAGUAGGAAUAUACUACUCCACGUGGUGUGUCAUGUGACUGUAGACCGAUAAAUAAAAGCGGCUGAAAUAACUGAAGCUGAAUGUUUCGACCAACAGUCAAGAUGCAGCGACCCAGGCAUCAUCUUGAUCCUCAGC